CGCUCCAUUCUGCUGCCAGAGCAGGAGGAACCGCAUGAAUAAAGGAAAGAAGUGAAUGAAGGAGGAGAGAGAGAGAGGAACAUCCUCUAAGGUGCAGUGGAGCAAAGAGGAGUAUCCCCGAGGAGAGGGAGAGGACUGCCGAGGUGAUGCACUGAUAAACUGCAAGGCAGGCAGAAGAAGAGGUUUCUCCAAGAGGGAUGUCUGCACGUACAUCAGGUCCACGAGGUGCUGAUUGAACUUUUAUUUGGUGAGAAGCUCUCCGGAUCUCCACCUUGGAUCUCGUACAAAAAAAAAAAAAAAAAGCCCGAACGGGUGUUUUUACUGUGAUGGCAGCAGCAGCAGCAGCUGAGGUUGGGAUCUUCAACGGAUUUCUGGACAGCUUUGGCUCCGCGGGUGGCGCUCAUUUCGUUCUCACCCCAGCCGGCGCGGUGGAAUACAACUCGGUGAGCAGACUCAUGAUGGUGGGGGGCUCGGCGCAGCAGCACCAGCACCAGCAGCACCAGCAGGAGCAGGAGCACCUGAUGUCAUCCGAACGCUUGUCCCGGAGCUUAGCGGACCUCAGCCACCUGAAGGGGAUUCUGAGGCGGCGGCAGCUCUACUGCAGGACCGGCUUCCACCUGGAGAUACACCCCGAUGGCACCGUGCAGGGAACCAGGAAGGACCACAGCAGAUUCGGUAUUUUGGAGUUCAUCAGCCUGGCUGUGGGACUGGUCAGCAUCAGAGGUGUGGACAGUGGACUCUACCUUGCCAUGAACAGCAAGGGGGAACUUUAUGGCUCGGAGAAGCUAUCAGCAGAAAGCGUUUUCCGGGAGCAAUUUGAAGAGAACUGGUACAACACCUACUCAUCCAACAUUUACAGGCACGGAGAAAAAGGAGCAUUUUACUUUGUCGCACUUAACAAGGACGGGACGCCGCGGGAUGGCACAAGAUCGCGGCGGCAUCAGAGAUUCUCUCACUUCUUGCCGAGGCCUGUAGAUCCAGACAGAGUACCAGAACUAUACAGGGAUAUACUGGGCCAGAGCUGAAACUGAACCAAUGCUGGCUAGAAAGCGAACUGUUGCAUCAAAUACUGCCCCCCUUUUUGGGGGCAAUGGAUGAUCCAAAAUGGAUCACAUUAAAUGCACCAGAUUCAAACCCCGGAUUGCUGGUACGGCGGAAGGAUAGCGACCCUCGCUGAACCAGUCGUACAAGGGAGUUUGAAAGAAAAGCACCAGGGAUCUUCUGUGGAUGAUGCAGAAACAGACCCCCCCCCCCUCCUCCAUUAUCCCUUUAUUGGCAUAUGCAGUGGCAUCAGCAGCCAAGAUGGAUUUCCCUUGAUUCUCCAAACUACCUGCUUGUCCAGAUCUGCAUGUUUAAGUGAACAAAAGCAAGUUUAUUCACAAGCAGCUGCUAGGAAUUGUUUCUGUGCUUUGGCUGCAGAAACCUUUUCUGUUUCAUAGUAGGCUCCUUUUCUUUGAUGCUAAACUCUAAGGCUGCUAAGUAAACCACAAAAAAAGUAUAAUCUGCUAUACAGUCUGGCUGGUUUACUGAAAAUAAGGUAGUUUUAUGCACUGGAAAGCAGCCAUGUUUUGCUGGAUACGGCGCUGACUGCUGAUGCUCAGAAAACGGACUUGAGGAAUAAGAGAAAAAGACCUGGCGACAAGUAGGACUUCUUCUACGGUGGAUGGGAACGCUCAUCCAUUGGACGCAGUGAAGGAAUGGUGUUGUUUUGUCGCUGGUUGCAGUUAAACGAUGAGCACAGGAUUCAUAAAGACUUAACAGAGCUGAUGGACAGAUUUUAAUCUUAUUUAUGAGGCUAUAAUUCAUGGGACACACAAAGUUUCAUAUUUAUUUCAUAUAUUUAUUUUGAGAAUAUAUUUUUACAGGUAUGACACAAAAUAAACCAAAAAAAUGAUCGAUUUUGCCG